GAUUCAAAAGAGAGUGUUCCAGAAUUUUUAAAAAAGACGGGAUUUUUGGUCGACCCCCUUCCGCUGUCUAUCAAACCAAAUGGAGAAUUUCUUAUGUAUGAAACGAUAGUUAUUUCGUUGGUUCAUAAGAGUAAACAAAUUCUUAAUAAAGAAGACGUAAAACAAAGAAUAAUUCGCGCUCGAGAGAACAAUAAUUGUGAUCCGCUUCUUAUUGAAAAUAUUUUAUCAUCUAGGCGUCGUAGAGAAUUAAGAACUCUAAUUUGUUUCAAUUCACACAAAUGGAAUGGCUGUGGAUGCAAAUUCUCUAGUUUCCAACAAAAAUAAAGUUUGGGAAGAAAGCAACCCUGGGCCUAAGGAUCAAAAUAAAUUAAUUGAAUUUUUUCUUUGGCCUAAUUAUCGAUUGGAAGAUUUAGCUUGUAUGAAUCGUUAUUGGUUUUAUACUAAUAAUGGGAGUCGUUUCAGU